AUGGGUGUGAGAAAGCGCUUCGUCAACCCAUUUGCACGCACGGCGUCCUCUGAGGAGGUACAAACGACUGAUGCCCCUGACCUAAAGGCUCACGCCGACUCCAAAUUUGCCUUGGAAAACUUGGAUCAGACCGAUCGGGCCUCGUCGGACGUCGAAGUUGUUGAUCAAAAAGCGCAGGCUGGUACUCAGAAAGCCCAGGCAAGCACCCAAGCCUGGACAAAGAACACCUUGAUUGCAGCCUAUGUUCUCGUCUGGGUCGUCAACUUUUUAGAAUACUUCAGUUCUGGACUGCUCAGUUCCUUAUCCCCAUAUAUCUAUAGCGGUUUCGAGCUACACUCCUUAACGGGUCUCACUUCUGUCAUCGCUUCGUUGAUCUCCGCUCUGGUCAAGUUCCCCUACGCGAAACUUAUGGAUGUUUGGGGUCGACCUCAGGCCUUUGCAGUCGGUGUUGGAUCUCUGACUCUCGGACUAGUCAUGAUGGCAGCCUGCAAGAAUGUACAAACAUAUUGUGCUGCUCAGGUGUUCUACCAGACUGGGUUCAGCAUGAUCGAUUUCUCUAUGACCAUCUUCAUUGCCGAUACUACGGCUUUGAAGAACCGGGCUUUCUGGAUUGCUUAUGCCGCUUCUCCAUAUCUCAUCACGCCUUGGGUCUACGGUUACGCUGCGAACCAGAUCGUUGCCCCGGACGGCAUCGGGUAUCGAUGGGGCUUUGGUAUCUUUGCCAUCGUCAUGCCCGUUAUCAGUGCUCCGCUCUGGGGUCUGUGGUAUUAUACCCAGAAGAAGGCCGAAAAGAUGAACUUGACGGAGAAGAAGAACAGUGGACGAACUCUCUGGCAGUCCAUCGUCUACUACUGCAUUGAGUUUGAUGUUAUUGGUCUGCUUAUCAUCGCCACAGGCUUUUCUCUCUUCCUGUUGUCAUUCAACCUAUACUCCUAUCAACGUGGGGAAUGGCAUUCCCCGAUGAUCAUCUGUUUCGUGGUUAUUGGCUUUUGUUUGAUUAUCGCGUUCACGUUCUGGGAGAGAUACUUUGCGCCAGUGAAGUUCAUGCCCUGGGAGCUAAUCCAAAACCGGACUGUCUUCUUCACCUUCUCCAUGGUGGUAUCUCUGUAUUUGGCUUGGUACAUCUGGGAUAGCUACUUCUAUUCCCUCUUGCAGGUGAUGUUCAACCAAACCGUCACGCAAGCAACCUAUAUCUCCAACAUUUACACCAUGGGCUCGUGCUUCUGGUGCCUUGUCUUCGGAGCCAUCCUUCGCUACCAGGGCCGCCUGAAGUGGUGGGCCAUCUGCUUCGGUGUUCCUCUUACCAUCCUUGGGGUUGGCCUCAUGAUCAAAUUCCGCCAACCCGAUUCGAACAUUGGAUACAUCGUGAUGUGCCAGAUCUUCGUUGCAUUCGGUGGUGGCACCCUCGUCAUCUGCGAGCAGAUGACUGUCAUGGCUGUUUCUUCCCAGAGAAACAUUCCGGCUAUUUUGGCUAUCGAGGGUGUCGUUGCUAGUAUCGGUAGCGCCCUCGGAGGUACUGUCGCUGUCGCUAUGUGGACUGGUAUUUUCCCUGUCAAGUUAAAGGAGCUCCUCCCGGCUUCUGCACAGGCGAACUUGACUACCAUUUACGGCUCCUUGGUUGUCCAGCAGUCCUACGCCAAAGGCACAGCUACUCGCGAUGCUAUUGACCAUGCGUAUGGUGAGACCCAGCGACUCAUGCUCAUUACCGCUACUUGUCUUUAUAUUAUAACGUGGACUUCAUGCUUCUUCUGGAAGGAUCUCAAUGUCAAGAAGAUGAAACAGCAGGUGCAUGGUGUUCACCUGUGA